AUGUAUAAACCAAAGGAAGAGGACCCCGACGAUCACCAGUUCUACACGCUUGCAUUGCAGGAUGAGUUUCGAGACCAGGGUCCCCAGGCUGUAGUCCGGAUUCACAGCAUCGAGCUAGAUCCUGAGACGCCAUCCUUCCCCGGCGAGGAGUGGCACACCGAAGGAAAUGCAAACGAACGUAUAGUCGCCAACGCCAUCUACGCGCUUGAUUCGGAAAACAUAUCCGAGCCGCAAAUCAGCUUCCGGCAGAGGUGUAUAGGAGGGGACCGUACCUGGGUCUAUGACCGAGUCGGCGCGGACGAUUCGGACAACGAGGAACGUGCUGCAGAUGAAAUCGAUGACCUAAUCCUGAAGUAUGCCCUAUGGGAUGUCAAGUAUAUAGGAAGGCUUUGCGGAUUUGAGGACAUUCAGUAUAGUCCAGCCUAA